CCUGAGGCGCUCAGGUUGGAUCAGGGAGGUGAGCAGGGAGGAAUGGAGACAGCGGUGGGGACUAAUUUAUCCGGAGAGUGGGUGAGGAGGCUUUAUAAACAACUGCUGUAGGCCACAAACCGUGAAUAAGAAGCUCCCGGAUCAGGUUCGCUCCGAUUUGACAAAUACCUCUUUUCUCCUGAAAACAGGACCGAAUGGACCACCGCCAUCUUUGUAGGGGGCAACGGGUAGUGGAGCGCAUGCUCAACCGCCAUCUUUAUAGGGGGCAAUCUGCUGCCGUGCAUCUUGUAAGCAGCCGACACUGCAGCUUUUGUGGAUUAAUGAUAGGUGGAGUGAAUGUGAAAGGGGGUGAUGGGGGAACGGUAAAACAUCAGGUUUUGUCCUGGGUGGUCCUGGGUUCCGCAGUGUCCAUGGUGUCAUACUCACCAUCUGUCAACUUGCUGACAACUCAUUUAACCUGUCCAUAUAACUUUGCAUUCAUUUGUGUCCCUCUCACGACCCUGUGUUCCCACUUCUGUCUGUGAGUUUACUCAUCCAGGCAAGUGAAGAAAAUUCCAUUGUACAACUGGCCUGUGCCUUGUAGUUGAUGAACAGGCUUUGAGGAGUCGGGAGGGUCUUAGAAAGGAGGAUUUGUAGUCGGGAAACAAACCAAAUGUAACAUCAGGACCUAACAGAUGUGACCAAUUCAUUGCAAUGUGAAUAUCAUCAGAUGUUGAACAUGGAAGGAAAAGGUACCAUUCGUGGUGGGGAGAAACCAUACACAUGUUCUGUGUGUCGACAAUGCUUCAGCCUAUCAUCUGAUAUGUUAGGACAUAAAUGCAGCCAGAAUGUGGAGAAACCGUGGAAAUGUGGGGACUGUGGGAAGGGAUUCAUUUCCCCAUCGAAACUGGAAACUCAUCGGCGCAGUCACACCGGAGAGAGGCCAUUCACCUGCUCUGGGUGUGGGAAGGGCUUUACCACAUCAUCCCACCUGCAGAGGCACCAGCGAGUCCAUGCUGGGGAGAGGCUGUUCACCUGUAAUGAGUGGCAGAAGGGAUUCACAUCUUCCUCUGGCUCGGUAACACAUCAGCAAGUUCAAACUGCAGAAAGAUCUUUUAAGUGCCCGGACUGUGGGAUGUGCUACGCAAGUUCUGAGAGACUGAUGUCCCAUCAGUGUGCUCACGCUGACGGGACACCAUUCCGGUGUUCCCAUUGUGGGACUGGAUUUGAGACAUUGCCUGAGCUCACCGUGCACCAGCGUGCUCACACUGGGGAGAAGCCGUGGAAAUGUGGCGACUGUGGGAAGGAAUUCAGUUACCCCUCUGAGCUGGAAACCCAUCACCGCACUCACACUGGUGAGAAACCAUUCACAUGCUCUGACUGUGGGAAGGGAUUCACUCGGUCUUACCAGCUGAUGACACAUCGGCGAGUUCACACAGGGGAGAGACCAUUCACCUGCUCUGAGUGUGGGAAAGGAUUCACAAAUUCAUCGGAUCUCCUGAUACACCAGCGAGUUCACACUGGGGAGAGAGCAUUCACCUGCUCUGUGUGUGGGAAGGGAUUCACUACCUCGUCUACCCUGGUGACACACCAGCGGGUUCACACCGGGGAGAGGCCCUUCACCUGCUCUUUAUGCGGGAAGGGAUUCACUCGGUCAUCCACCCUGGCAAUGCACCAGCGAGUUCACACCGGGGAAAGGCCAUUCACCUGCUUUGAUUGUGGGAAGGCCUUCACUCAGUUAUCCAGUCUGCUGAGACACCAGCGAGAUCACAGUGGAGAGAGGCCCUUCACCUGCUCUCAGUGUGGCAAGGGAUUCACUCGGUCAUCGACCCUGUUGAAGCAUCAACAAGUUCACCAGGAACUACAGUGGAUAUUACAACAAAAUUCACAGUUUGGAAAAUCCAAGUACGUCCAAUCACAUCAAAAUCUGACAGAAUUAUUCAGUACAUCAGGACUAGGACGUAAUCAGCCUUUGAAACCUGCAUAUCUUCAGAUUUUGAACAUGGAUGAAAAAAGUACCAUUGACAAUGGGGAGAAACUGUACACGUGUUCUAUGUGUGGACGAGGAUUCAGCCAAUCACCUGACCUGGUGGGACACGAGUGCAGUCAUAGUGCUGACAAACCUUGGAAAUGUGGGGACUGUGGGAAAGGAUAUAGAUCCCCAUCUGAGUUGGAAACGCAUCAGCGCAGUCACACUGGAGAGAAACAGUUCACUUGCUCUGAUUGUGGGAAAGGAUUCACUCGGUCAUCCACCUUGUUGACACACCAACAGGUUCACUCUGGAGAGCGACCAUUCACCUGCUCUGUGUGUGGGAAGGGAUUCACUCAGUUAUCAAACUUGCUGAGACACCAGCAGGUUCACACCAAUGAGAGACCUUUUAAAUGCACAGACUGUGGGAAGUGCUAUAAAAGUUCUGGGGAAUUGAUUCGCCAUCAACGUGUUCACACUGACGAGAGACCAUUUAGGUGCUCUCACUGUGGAGCUGGGUUCAGGACAUCAUCUGACUUCCUCAUACAUCAGCGAGUUCACACUGGUGAGAGACCAUUCACGUGCUCUGAGUGUGGGAAGGGAUUCACUCGCUUAUUUCAGCUGCAGGAACAUCAGCACAGUCACACUGGGAAGUGGCCAUUCACCUGCUGCGAGUGUGGGAAAGGAUUCAUUCAGUCAUCUGGCCUGUUGACACACCAGCGAGUUCACACUGAUGAGAGGCCUUUUAAAUGUCCUGACUGUGGAAUGUGCUUCAAAAGUACUGGGGAACUAAUGUCCCACCAACGUAUUCACACCAAUGAGAAGCCAUUCAGAUGCUCUCAUUGUGGGACUGGGUUUAGACGAUCAUCCCACCUCACUGUACACCAGCGAGUUCACACGGGGGAGAGACCAUUCAUUUGCUCCGAGUGUGGAAAAGGAUUUGCUCAGUCAUCCCACCUGCUGACACAUAAGCGGGUUCACAGUGGCGAGAGGCCAUACACGUGCUCUGAGUGUGGGAAGGGUUUCACUCGAUCAUCCCACCUGCUGAGGCACCAGGGAGUUCACAAGUAACUACAUUGGUAGGAUUCUUCUGUUAAUCACACCCAGGAAUGAACAUUGAUUAAUGGGAUCUUUUU